AUGACCACAAAAAGGUUCUGGUGCCGGGACUGCGGCGAGGAUGCCGCGGAGGACUGCGUGGACUCUGGCCACUCCGUGUGCUCCCUCCGCCAGCAUCGCUCUGAACAGGCCGCUCCCAAAUUGCAGCGUCUGGACAAGGUGGCGACGUCGGCGCGCGAGGUGGUGAAGGCCCUGCUGGACGCCAAGGGCGUGCUGGAGGCCCAGCUGGAGCAGUGGCGGGGCAGGCUGCGGCACGUCGAGGAGGCCAAGAAGGAGCUGUGGGAGGCGGCCAUGGAUUGCCGGGACCUGGAGGAGCCUGCACUGGAGGAGGGCCUGGAACAGCUGCUGCAGGACGCCACCACCCUCCUCCAGGCCAAGUGCCAGCUGCAGCUGCAGGUGGACUCGCCCUGCUCCACCUGGAAGGGCCAACUGCAGGUGGCGGCUCCAGGCUCCAGACGCAGUUUGCUUUGCCCACUGAUGCUGCAGAUGCACCAGGACUGGAACCUCACCAAGAUCUUCCGUCCCGAAGAGUGUAUGCAUGUGUUGAAACUCAGCCAGCAAACGGAGCACACCCAAGAGCUGGACGAAGCCCUGCAGAACCCAGGCCUGGACAAGGUGAGGAAGCUGAGAGGACUGUACUGCAGGGAGCAGCCGAACUGGAGUGUAGUGCUGCUGAAGCGCGUUGCCUCGCGCGUCGAGUGGCUGUCCCUUUGGAGCGCCGUUCGGGAACACCUCGAUGUGAUACGGGACAUGCCAGCGCUGCGCUGCUUGCACGUCCACUUGAGGCAAGUCCAGAACGCCCCAGACUUGCCGCUUCAACUGCAGGAAUUGCAGGUGGUGAACAUCACAGAGGAACAUCUCCAGUCGGUGCAGCGGAUGCCCAGGCUGCGUAAACUCGUCUUGAACUGGUACAGACACGGUGCUCUCGACGUGGCGUUCCCCCCUCUGCCCAUGGAUCACUGCGGCCUGCGAUGGCUCAGUGUGUACCUCCAGCCGGCCUCCACCGUGCUGUCCCUGGCCAAGGCCCACGCCGCCACACUGCAGGAGCUGCGGAUCCUGUGCGCGUCCGAGGGAGACGAUCCGUGGCAUUUCAAGGACCUGGCCGAGGGGCUGCGCCAGUGCGGGCUGGUGGCGCUGCGGCGCGUUGUGCUGAUUCGGGGACCCGCUCCAGGCUACCCUGACAGGAAGCUUCCCCACAAGACACAGUCGUGCAAACGGCAGAAGAAGUCCAUCUGGGACAAACUGUUAGUGACGGACUCGGAGAAGCCAGUCAGGGUAGUGAAGGUCAUGUGCGAGGAGUGUGACAAGUGCCCCGCAUUUCCGCCUCUGGGAGACUUCACCUGGAAAGACGAUUAAUCCAGUGCUUCGUCUCAAUUGAGAGUCUUUCUCUUCUGUAUUUUACUUUGAAUUCUGGCAUUCCGAUCCCUUUAUUAAACCCCAGAGCUAAUUGUUUCGUGUUUGGCACGAGUUUUUAAUUUACUACCGCCUGACGUCCUGGUGCCAUGGCUGUAAUGCUGAUUUGUCCUCGAUCCGAUCGUGCGCAUCGAUGUUUCUAUGGCACACUUUGGUUUCAGAAACGUUACAUCACGUUCAAACGAAUGUGACAAAGUGGCACGUUCUUUUGAGCAUCGUGUCACAUUCGUUUGAAUGCGAAUGAGCUAAUUGAUGCCUGAUUCACAUCCAAACGAAUGGGACGCAACGCUCAAAAGGACGUGCCACUUCGUCACAUUCGUCUAAGCGUGAUGUCUUGUUUCUAGAACGAGAGCGUAUGGAACGAUUAUCUCGAAUGUAAAACUAAACCCCCAAGAAGGAAUUUUUUAUAUUUUCUAAGCUUCAUAUUAUUUUACGUGAUUUUAUGUCGUUCUGUACAGAUGGCGUUGUUUCGGACGUAAUUACACUUACUUGUUGAUUUGGUGAGACGGAGAGCCAGACUGCUGUGACUUAUUUUUGUUUGAUUCGUAGCAUUGUUCUGCUAAAGCACUUCCUUGUUUGUCAUGAUUGGUUAACUUUUUAAUACCCACAGCCUGACGUUAAGUUUACGUGGCGUUGGUGUUGAAGUGAUAUUUCUUCGAUGUCGAUUGUGAACACAAAUCUUUGAUUCCAUAUGCACGAUGUUGCUCUCGUUUGUUGUCUUACGAAACAUUAAAACCUUUUGAAACUACUG